AUGCUUUCAGUGCGGUCCGCUCUUCACAAGAGCAGCGGGGCCAUUCGCCUACUCGAAGCGCAUGAUCGGUCUUCUACAAAGGUCAUCCGGGAGAGAAACAAUAGCAAAGAUUGUUUCGAGGGUAUCUGGAUCAGCGGUCUGACUCAAACCACUUACCUCGGAAUCCCCGACACCGAGAUCGUAUCGCCUCUCUACCGCGCAAUCUUGCAGGCGACAAACAUCAAAACACUAUGGCCAAGCGAUCGACCGAUAUGCGCAGCCUUUGAUGCUGACAGUGGGGGACCUAUCAGUGAUAUCCCGGCAUUGGUGGCGGUUCUUGUCACCAUUGGAGUCUCCAUGGCGGUCAUUGAGGACAAGGAAUUGAAAGCCCCGGGCAAAAAAGUCAAUUCUCUCUUGACAGCAAAUGGAUCUCAGUCGCAGGCAGACCCGGCGGACUUCUGCAAAACAAUCCAGACAUUCAAGGCGUCUGCGCAGUGUGCUGACUUGAUGAUCACUGCUAGGAUUGAAUCUUUCAACGUACGCAUCGUGAAAGAUGAUCCAAUUGAAGAAGCUGCCUCCAUCAAGGCAUCUCUCGAGGACGCAUUAUCCCGCGCUGAGAUGUACACAAAAGCAGGCGCCGACGCCAUUAUGAUUCACAGCAAAAGUUCUAGUCCCACGGAGGUUCUCGAUUUCUUGAAGCGAUUCCGUGAAAGAGACCAAGUCACACCCCUUGUGGUAGUUCCCACUACCUACGCAACCACCCCCCGGAAAUCCCUUGUCGAUGCCGGUGCAAAUGUGAUCAUUUAUGCGAAUCAUUUGAUGAGGGCCAAAAUACAUACAAUGGAAGAAGUUGUGAAUUGGGAAUGCAUCGCGCCCCGGAUAUGUUUGCCGAUGACAAAGAAGCAGCGGCUUGCGUCGAAGCUAAAAACUACGGUUGCCUCUUGCGGAUUUUACUUGACCGAGAUCGCGUGGAUGGGGAGAACUGGAAAAUAG